AUGGAUCUGGGGCUGGCUCCGACUGCUGAAACCAUGAACAUGGCUGCUGUUCUCAUGAGCCCGAUUGCCCAGCUGCCGAACAUGGCUGCUCAGAUCCCGGUGCCCGUAGCUUCUUCCUUUUCUUCCAAUCCGCCCGCACCCAGAUCCCUCUGUUCACGUGGACAACGCGGCAAGGCACAAAAAGGUUCCUUUCGACGUGAAACGACAUUAUGUUGGAUAAUGUCGGUUUUAGGUUGGAAAGUUAUAGGAAGGAUGGUGCGAACAAAACAUCUCACCUAUUUUCCAAUAAGGCGUAGUUUUGCGUUUCUUUCCCUGUAACGUGACUAUUUCGAGCGGGAUCUUGAAUAAAUAUUCCAAUCAAUUUGAUGUCGGUGUCUGAGGGAGAAAAGGCCAUAAAACCAAUCAAAACUGUACAUUUUUCCACCUUCUCCGCUAUUUUCUGUGACAGUCUUUCGGCGAUGUUACUGUGCUGGUGGGUGGAGUCACAGUCCGCAUCUUAUUCGCUCUCUCUUUCUCUUUUUCUCUCUCUCUCUCUCUCGCAGCCUCUCAUUCCGAAAGUCUGCGCUCCUGCCCAAUCGCGCACCGACCAACCGCCUCCUCCUUUUCUUAACACCCUUCUUUCAUAGUUCCUCUCCUUUUAUUCUUCCUUUUUCUAACCAUUUAUGAAAGAGAUUUCAGAAUGUACUCCACUCUCUCCUUCUACCAUUUCGACGAGGCCACAAAGAGACAUCUGAUUUCGGGUGUCCUAGAGUUCAAGGAUCCAGUCACCCUGCUCGUGAGUCAUCAUUGUUCCUUCCUUUCUGAACUAGUUGCUCACGCUAACGUUAACUCGGAAAACUUUCUGUAGAACUUUUCUUACAAAACACUAUUUUCAAGCCGUGGCCUGACACAUCUAAAUUAGCGCGGCUGUGAAAUCCGCGGCCGUUUGCCCUGCCCUCGAACUUCCCUCAGAUCCGACAAUAUUCUCUUCAGAACUUCAACUUUGAGCCACGUUGUCUGCCAGCUCCGUUCUCAUACAUUUACGAGGCAGCCGUGGCGCUGAAGGACGCUCGUUUCUGGGACGUCUACUCCGCCCUCCUGCGCCACGAGUUCACGGGCGCCGAUCUUCAGAUGGGCCAAGUUCUGCUCGACGCCGCGUGCAUGAGCCUGAGAGGGCCGUGCUGGACUAUCGAGAAGGUAAAACAUAUGUUCUGCGCGCGCGCGAAUGCCCAAAAACAAGAGGUGAGGAGUACUGUAGACACAUUCUGAGGUAUUUCAGUUCUGGAGGAGCCUCAAAGAACCGCUGACUCCCUUCCAGAUGAAACUGAUCCCAGUGAUCCUUGCUCAGAAUCCGGAGCUCCAUCGGGUAUACUCUUACUCUCAUUCAGAACAUCUCCAUCGACUUUUCCUUAAGAUUCCGAUGGGUUCAGCCCUUGAUCCGGUUCCCCCGCACCUCCCUCUGACUCUGAUGACGGACUCGACGACCGAGAUUCCGAGACUGAUUGCGAUGACGUCUCCGCUCUCCGCCUCGUCCGUUUCUCCCGUUUCUUCCUCGUCAGUGCAUGCUCCGUCACCGACUGACACCCGUCUGAAGUUCGACGUAAGUCAUCUUUCUCAGUUUCACUCAAUUCCACCUUUUUCUUACAGCGAAGUGUGUACAGACAACUCCGGCAUUUCUUCGAUAGCCGCGGUGGAGUCGUCACGCCGGGCGAGUGCCUUGAACUGGCACAGAAGCUCAGAGUUGAUGAAGUACAGCUGAGAAGAUACUUCUCGAACAGAAGGUACGUUGCAUUUCUGCUUACUAGGGACCUUCAUUCGGCUAGGUUCUGA